AGGAAAGCCCCCUUUUGUCCCUCGUCCCUUUCCGUACCCUCCCCUCCCUCCAAACUUCUUCCUGGACAAACACACGUGGAUUUCCACUUGCAACCCAGACAGAAACAAUAACAUGGCCAGCCAGGGGCUCGCGUACGACGGCUGCAAUUUCUUCAGGCAGCGGCUGGUUCUCUCCACACUCAGCGGGAAGCGGGUGAAGAUUAAAAACAUUCGCUCCAAAGACGACAACCCGGGAGUGCGCGAUUUUGAGGCCAGCUUCAUAAGGUUGUUGGACAAAGUGACAAAUGGCUCCAGGAUAGAGAUUAACCAAACAGGUACCGUGUUGUUCUACCAGCCCGGCUUGUUGAACGGCGGCUCUGUGGAGCACGACUGCAACACACAGCGCUCGGUGGGCUACUAUCUGGAGGCCCUGCUCAUGCUGGCUCCAUUCAUGAAGAUCCCUCUGAAGGCCACACUCAGGGGCGUCACCAACGACCCCAUUGACCCAACGGUCGACAUGCUGAAGUCCACGGCUCUCCCGGUGAUGAAGAAGUUUGGCAUCGACGGAGAGGGCUUUGACCUGAAGGUGGUGAAGAGGGGUAUGGCGCCCGGUGGGGGAGGAGAAGUAUUUUUCUCCUGUCCAGUCCGCAGGACCAUCAGGCCAGUGCAGCUGACUGACCCAGGGAAGAUUAAGAGGAUCAGAGGAGUGGCUUAUUCGGUUAGAGUUUCUCCUCAGAUGGCCAACAGGCUCGUGGAGUCGGCGAGGGGCGUUUUAAACCAGUUCAUUCCAGACAUCUACAUCUACACUGACCACAUGAAAGGAGCCCACUCUGGCAAGUCUCCCGGUUUCGGUCUGACUCUGGUAGCUGAGACGCUCAACGGCUCCUUCCUCGGUGCUGAGAUGUCGUCGACGCCACAGGGGCAGGGAGCCCCCCCGCUGCCGGAGGACCUCGGCAGGAACUGUGCCAUGCUGCUCUUGGAGGAGGUGUAUCGGGGCGGCUGCGUGGACUCGUCCAAUCAAAGCCUGGCGCUGCUCCUGAUGACCCUCGGCCAGCAGGACGUCUCGAAGGUGCUGCUCGGACCCCUCUCCCCGUACACGAUCGAGUUCCUCAGACACAUUAGAGAUUUCUUCCAGAUCAUGUUUAAGAUCGACGUUCAGAAGCCUUCAGAAGAUGAGAGGAAAGGGGGAGAAAAGGUCCUGAUGACAUGCGUGGGAGUCGGUUAUAGCAACAUAAACAAAACCCUGAAAUAAAACGUUAUUUUAUAUAAAAAUGUCUUGUAUUCCUCAUUCC